GCGUCGGAUCCUGCCGCUCUCCCCCAGACUUGGAUAGGCCAAUCCGGAAGCAGCAGAAAAAGCGUUAAGUCGGUUAACUACCUAAUAACGUUUAAAGCUGAGCAGGAGCAGCAGGAUGCAGCAAGAUCGGCAGGACGUCGUGCUGAUCUCAUCCAACAAAGAGCUGACCCCUGGCCUUCUGAGCGGGCAAGGGCACGGUCAUGACCGCUCCCAGCCAUCGAGCGGCAAGAGCCCGCAGGCUGCCGCAGCCCCGGGCCAGGAUAAGCUUGCCACAAGCCAAGAUCUAGGCAAGCCCGGCCUGCUUGGCGAGGACAUCAUACCACUCUCAGUUCCUGCCGCCCCGCACUCUGAGCACCCUCAUCAACCUCACGGGCUAGCGGCGUCCAUAAAGGCAGCGUUCUUCUCGGCACCAUCGCACACGCCCGCCAGCGGCGACAUCGUCGACCAGCCAACGACAACCAUGAUCUUCUCAGACCUGUACAAGUCGCCCCGGUCGACUUUCAACAAACUUCGAAACCCCUUCCCGCACGGCGUUCCGCCGCCGCCAGAUAUCGAGGCCGACCUUGUCAGCAGGGACAAGGCCAAGCAGAAGGAAGCCGUGAAGAAGUAUCUGGCGGAGAAAAUCCGCAAUGACUGGGAGUUUACGUGGCCUCCUGUGGGAGCCUCGACGCCUGUUCCUGCAGGACCUACAACCCCUGCGCAGGCGGAGCCCAUCCCGGCGUCAGGCGGCAGAGUCGCGGAGACGACGCCCGCGCUAGCAACGGCAAAUGAAGAUGCUGUGAGAGAUCCCGGGGAGGAGGCAGACGCCGAGUCAGACGCAGAAUCUGUCUACAGUACCAUCUCCGAGGACCCUGAGCACUUCCGGCCCCGCGCCGACUGGACGUCGGACCUGUCCGACGAUGACGACUUUCAUGUUCCUGCCUCCCCAUUCCGGUUUGAUAGCCCGGAAGCUGUAGGCGCGGCUGUGUGCGAUUCGAUCGAGAUGAAGCGCGCGCGACGAAGGAGAGCCGUGCGUGACGAGGCGAAAUGGAACCCCGGGCUCGCAUGCUUUGAGGCGCGCCGCAAUGCCUGGACAGGCGCAAAAACGGUACGGGUGAAGCCGAAACCACGAUGCCCUGUAUCGCCAUCCUCUCCACGCCGGCUGUUUUGGCGCCACCACCGAACGCAAUCAACUGCAUCGCAUGGCGGCGUGGUAAGCCCCAAAACGCCGGCCGGUCCGACCUCGCCUCUCCAACCCACAGAGACCCGCACGUCCACAGCAACGGCCACCGAGUCCGACUCGGGCAAGAGCGGGACAUGCGUGCAAAGAACAAGCUCGCGAGAUUCGACCUCAUCUGCACUCUACCCUGUGCAAACCGUCCUUCCCAUCCCUGCGCCGCUCUUGCCACCGCAAAACCCAAUGCGCGCCUCCAUCCAGCCUUCCAUGUACGGCUCCCUCUACGACAAGGUCGUCGUUCAGAGUCUCCAACCAUCAUGUCCGAUCAAUCUCGCCGACAUGCUACGCGCUUGCGUUGUUGGCUGGAAACGCGACGGCGAGUGGCCGCCAAAGUCGAGCUAUCCCGCGCCCGCAGUUCAGACACCCUCGGCGGACGUAAUUGCCGCGCGUCAGCGGAAGGCCGAGCAACAGCGGCGCAAAAGCUCCGCCGCAAAUGCCAACCCUUCGACGCCGGGGAACGGGUCCGGCUCGAGGAGACUGAGUUUUGUGGGCUUUUUCCACGGGAGCAGCAAUAAGCCCACAGCGCCACAGGAGGAGAAGGAGAAGGACAAUGCGCUGGGCCAUUCUCAGUCGCACUCAGACGAGGGUGCCGGCUCGGGCAAAUUCCGGAGGAGUCUGCAGAAGGUGUUCUCGCUGGGCCAGCACGGCCAUGCCCAUUCCGGUCCUAGCGCGAAUGGGAACGCCAAUGCGGGCGCGCCCCUCAGCCCGACCAGCCCCACGACCAAGGAGGUUACUGCUGCCGGUUGAGGAGCAAUGAAGUUGAACGGGAGGGCGUUUUGGCGUUGCACUGGACAACGGCUCGCAGUAAAGAUCCCCGGUGGCGGGUGAGAUCGGCUCGAAGUUGACGGCUAUGGACUCGUACAAGUUUGCUUGCACGGUAUUGCCUUGCUUUCUUACCAUAUCACUUGAUACCCCGGUUUAUUUGUGAACAAUUUGAUGAUACCAGGCGGGGAUAUGGCGGGGGUUGGGGAUAUGGGAAGGAUGAUAAAAAAGGGAGCAAGUAUAGGCACACAAGGAAGGACUCCGGGGAUGAUAUGUGUGAACUGCGAUCAA